GUUUUUGUCUUUUCUCUGAAACAGAUCUCUCAUCAAUCAUCUCAAGAAGGAAGAAGAAGAUGAGCAGUGAAACGUCGUCGUUGACGAAGAAGAUGAAGAAGAAGAAGGAAGGUUUGGGAUGGAUAGAGUCAAUUAAAGGAUGGAGUUGUGUGUUCCACGAGUUUCUCUUCCAGAGAUUCAUGGCUUCUCAUCUACAGAAUCCACUUCCUCUACCUUCACUGAAUCACCUCACCUGCAUUGUCACUGGCUCCACUAGUGGCAUUGGUCGCGAAACCGCUAGGCAGCUUGCAGAAGCUGGUGCUCGUGUUGUUAUGGCGGUGAGGAAUACUAAAGCAGCUCAUGAGCUGAUUCAGCAAUGGCAGAAGGAGUGGUCUGGUAAAGGCAUCCCUCUUAAUCUCGAGGCUAUGGAACUUGAUCUUCUCUCUCUGGAUUCUGUCGUCGGAUUUUGCAAUCUGUGGAACGCGCGAUUAUCCCCUUUGCAUGUUCUGAUUAACAAUGCCGGCAUAUUUUCCAUGGGAGAGGAACAGAAGUUCUCAAAGGAUGGAUAUGAGCAACACAUGCAAGUGAACCAUUUAGCUCCAGCUCUGCUUUCACUACUCCUUUUGCCCUCACUUAUCCGAGGCUCCCCAAGCAGGAUCAUUAAUGUGAAUUCUGUUAUGCACUAUGUUGGUUUCGUUGACCCGGAUGACAUGAAUGUUGUUUCUGGGAAACGAAAGUUUACAAGCCUCGUUGGAUAUUCUGGCAGCAAGCUUGCACAGGUUAUGUUUAGCAAUGUACUUUUGAAAAGGCUGCCUCUAGAAACUCGCAUUAGCGUUGUUUGUUUAUCCCCCGGGAUUGUCCUAACAAAUGUUGCGAGAGAUCUGCCGAGAUAUGUUCAAGUUCAAUACGCGUUGAUACCUUAUUUCAUCUUUUCGCCUCAAGAAGGCUCUAGAAGCACACUUUUCUCAGCUACAGACGCUCAGAUUCCAGAGCAUUGUGAAAAGCUAAAAACCGAAGAUAAGCCCGUUUGUACAUUCAUAUCUCAAAAUUGCAAGCACACAAAGCCUUCAGAAGAAGCACACAACGUAGAAACAGCAGAAAGAGUAUGGGAAAAGACGAUAAAGCUGAUCGGUCUUCCUCUUGAUGCUGUAGAGAGGCUUAUAGAAGGAGAAGAGGUCCAAUGCCGGUAUGGGACUCAUCAACAAUAAAGUCUUUCUCACAAGUCUCUAUCUUCUUUCCUCCAAUUUGUACUUGUUAGAUGUUUCUAGAACUUGACCUCAAAGCUGCAUUACACUACACAGUCUACACUAUGCACAUUCUAAACGAUCAAGUAUUAGGGAAUAUAGCUUUCAUAAAUCAA